AUGGACAGCAGGAUACAGGAGAAGGAUCUCAUUAAUGCUGGCAGUGCCAUCAGAAGUGAUGAUAUCAUAGCAGGGAACGUGAGCAAGUAUAUUGUUCUCCCAGCUGGUUACUGUGGACAGCCUAAAAAAGGACAUCUUAUAUUUGAUGCCUGUUUUGAAAGUGGGAACCUUGGGCGAGUUGACCACAUCACAGAGUUUGAGUAUGACCUCUUCAUUAGACCAGACACCUGCAACCCACGCUUCCGAGUCUGGUUCAACUUCACUGUGGAAAACGUGAAGGAAUCACAGAGAGUAAUUUUCAAUGUUGUCAACUUCAGCAAAACAAAAAGCCUCUACAGAGAUGGGAUGGCUCCAAUGGUGAAAUCCACAAGCCGACCAAAGUGGCAAAGAAUCCCCUCCAAAAACGUGUACUACUACCGCUGCCCAGACCACAGGAAGAACUAUGUCAUGUCCUUUGCUUUUUGCUUCGACCGAGAGGAUGACACUUACCAGUUUGCCUACUGCUACCCCUACACCUACACUCGCCUUCAGCACUACCUGGACAACCUCCAGAGGAGAAACAUGGACUAUUUCUGCAGGGAACUGCUGGGGCUCAGCGUGCAGAAACGGCGGCUUGACCUCCUGACAAUAACCAGCCCCGCAAACCUGCGUCCAGGGGCUGAACAGAAAGUGGUGUUCAUCACUGCACGGGUCCAUCCUGGAGAAACACCCUCUUCCUUCGUCUGCCAAGGUAUAAUUGAUUUCCUCGUGAGCCACCAUCCAAUUGCAAAAGUACUGAGAGAUCACCUGGUCUUCAAGAUUGCUCCCAUGCUCAAUCCUGAUGGAGUUUACCUAGGAAAUUACAGGUGCUCCCUGAUGGGCUUUGAUCUGAACCGGCACUGGGCGAAUCCCUCUCCGUGGGCUCAUCCCACCCUGCACGGAGUGAAGGAUCUCAUCAUUGACAUGUACAACAACCCGAAAAUUAACCUGGAGUUCUAUAUCGACAUCCAUGCCCACUCCACCAUGAUGAAUGGCUUCAUGUAUGGGAACAUCUUUGAAGAUGAGGAAAGAUUUCAGCGACAGGCUGUUUUUCCCAAGCUGCUCUGCCAGAAUGCUGAAGACUUCUCUUAUUCCAGUACCUCAUUCAACAGGGAUGCUGUGAAAGCUGGGACAGGCCGGCGCUUUCUUGGCGGGCUCCUAAAUGACACAUCCUACUGCUACACCCUGGAGGUCUCCUUCUACAGCUACAUGUUGGGUGGAACUGCUACUGCUGUGCCCUACACCGAGGAAGCCUAUAUGAAGCUUGGAAGAAAUGUGGCCAGGACAUUCUUGGAUUACUACAGGCUGAACUCCUUGGUGGAGGGACCACUAGCACCUACUCCUAAAACUCGGUAG